AUGGAUCGACAACGCACUGCUGUGCGUGAGUGGACUGCGCUGUUUGCUGUUUUCGUUGCUGGCGUUGUUUCGACGAUCUCGCUUUCCUGCAGGCGAGAUACUAGGUCUCGUGGGAAACAGCGGAGAGCUGGAAACAGAGCUGAAGGUGCGUCCAAGCGGCUGCAGACGGAAGCUGCCUGUCGGCAGAUAGCGGCGUUUCUAAGAAAGGGGGGAGAAAGGAGCGCUUCAGCGAGAUUAUUAUCGGGGAAAGGGGAAAUCUGCUUUUGCGCGCAGUGUGUGCUGAUUGCGGAGGACCUAUUGGGGCAUGCACAGGCACAGUCCUCAGAGGCAGAGGCAGAAGCCGCUGCCGUGGUAGCUGCAACAAAACAUUCCUUGGACGAGGAAAUCCUUCGACGGGUUGAUCUAAGAGGCGUGCGUCGUGUAUUUACGAUUGAUCCACCCUCUGCGCGUGAUCUAGACGACGCCGUCCACAUCCAUCGCGUGGUGCACGCAGACGGGUGCCCCCUGGCAACUGGACUAGAGGAGUAUGAAGUGGGGAUUCACAUUGCAGACGUCUCGCAUUUUAUCGCACAAGAUGGAGAAAUGGAUAAGGAGGCAAAGACGCGCUGUGCCACUCUUCUGCAUCCGGGAGGCCCCAAGUUGACGUUUUCUGUCAUUGCGCGAUUCUUCGCGGAUGGCACUCCUAACAAACGCUUUUGCCCAUAUUUUUUCAAGUCUGUAAUUGAGUCCUGCUGUCGCUUUUCAUACGACGAGGUGCAAGAGCUCAUUGACGGAAACGAAAUUGCGGAGCAGCAGCAGCCGACAGUGGCGCCAGAGAUCAAAGGAACGGCCUCAUGGGGAAACACAAUCCUGCGGUGUAGCUGCUGCACAGGCAAGACUAACCGCAGCAAGCAGCAGCAACAAGACGAAGAGCAGCUCCAAGGGACGUGGGAGGAACACGCGGCAGCAGACACUUGGGGAGACUCGCUCAAGAGAUCUGCCGAUGCAGAUUUCGACGCACUUCCAAACAGCAGUCCUGCUCACCACGAGCAGCAGAAGCAGCAGCAGCAAAGGCCACAGACUCAGGAUUCCUCACCGUUUGAAGUCCACAGUGCAGAGUUGCGCUUUUCUUUCGACGCGCUGCAAAGGCCUAUGGGCUGGGAACUUGAAACUGUGCGGCACGAUUUGAUAUGCUCGUCGCACGUCACCUCCGCCGCAGCAGAUUCCACGGUAGGAUGCAGGAUAAACACUGCUCAAGGGGAAGCCCUCAUGGCGAUCACUGCAGAAGCAUCCUGGCAACAUAAGUCGGGGGGUAGUUGUGUGGCAUGCAGUCAAGCACACGUCUGUACCACCAGUCUACCUGGCCUUCAAGGCCUUUUCGUGUUUCCUGCGAUCGUGGAUCCGAGACUGAUUGCAGAUUCAGCAGUCAUGCGGACUCACCCUCCAUUCAAACAGGACGAACGCCUAAGUUCUUUCAUCAAGUCGCUCAAGCACUUGGGUGUGCCCUUGAGCUUCACGUCCUCUGCCGCAGCUCGGCAAACCCUGCAGAGGAUUCGACAGGCUCAUGGGGAGGCGGCUGUGGUAGCCGUGGAAGCUCAGCUCAGAGCUUUCCUCGCUCUUGCCAAGUACAGAACCGCGAGUUCCUUGGGAGCCAACGAAAAGUGCCACUUUGCCCUAGAUUUCAUGGACUACACACACUUCACAUCCCCCAUCAGGAGGUAUCCGGACUUGAUGGUGCAUCGGUGCCUUGCAGCACUCAUCAACGGCGAUCCAAAGCCUCCCUUGACGCCAGAAGCCGUUGAAGAAAUCUGCAACGCCUGCAAUGAUGUUAACAAGCACAUGCGGGAAGCUGACAAGGCCUGCAGCUUGGCAAUGCUGAACAUUUACCUCUGCCAACGCAAGGAACUGUUUCCGACAAUCGGGAUCGUGCUCACACUCAAAAAGAGCUCUAUGGCUGUCUUUCUGCCGGAGAUUGACGCAGAAAAUGUGCGUUAA